CACCCACCACGACCACCACCACCAAGCACCGCAGCCCACCCUCACGACCUCUUGGCAUCACAACUCCAACUCAACAACACUCACUCAACCUUUCAUCUCCUCACACAGACAGAGCUUUACAGCACCAGGGCUGGCCCCGCACUCCUUUACUCCAGUCAUGAAGCUCUCACUCGCCCUCGUGGCCUCGACUCUGGCCGUCGCUGCCGCCGCACCCGCCGCCGCGCCCGCCCCCGAGGGCGACCUCUUCGGCGGCAAGGUGCACUUUGGGCACGCGUUCGGCGUCAACGCCGCCGAGUUCAACGAGCGCGACAGCGUGCCCGUUGAGCGUGCCGCCCCCGAGGGCGUGCACAUGGCGCGCGACUUCCCUCCCCAUCUCCGCGGGGCAAAGUGGUUUGUCGACCCCGUCGGCCGCCACGCGCCCCAUGCGGUCCCCUGCCCCGACAAGGCGCGCUCGCGCUCCGGCCUCGCGCCGUCGUGGUUCCCCGGCCCCCUCGGCUCGCUCCUCUCCCGCCUCGGCCUCAACCGCCCCGGCCGCGCCUCGCCCAUGGGCUUUGAGCGUCUCGGCGGCCACCACGGCCCCGGGCCCGUGAUCAUCGACCUCGGCGCCCCCGAGCAGCUGCACAGCCGCCCUCGCCCCCACCGCCCCGACAUUGUUCCUGUUCUCGAGGGCGGUGUGGUCCGUAUCCUCCCUGUUGUCAACAACGCCGGCGGUGUCCAGCCCGCCGCGCCGCUGCUCAACGACGCCGAUACCGAGCACCACCACGGCCACUCGGUCUACCACCACCACGGCCACACCCACGGCCACGCCGGCCACCACGGCGUCGCUGUCCACCACGGCUACCAGGGCCACUAUGGCGGUCGCCACCCUGAGGCGCACGCGACGCUCGACGCCAUGCUGUACAAGUGGGACAUGUUCCGUACCCGCCUCGGCAAGGGUCUCACCGACCUCCCCGUCCCCAUCCGUUCGUUUGUGAUCGGCGCGCUUGUUGGCGCUGUGCUCCAGGUCCUGUUCUCUCUCAUCUUCCUUGGCAUCCGCCUUGGCUGCCGCGGCGGCAGUUGCCGUGAGCGCCGUGCCGCUCGCCGCGCUGCUCGCCAGGAGCGCCGCGCCGCGCGCCGUGCCGCCAAGGAGGCGAGGCGUGCCUCCAAGUCGACCAAGUCGGCGCGUGACGAGAAGGCUGCCGAGGCUGGGUUCACCAUCGACGACGAGGUCCUCCCUAGCUACGCAGAGGGCGAGACUGACCGUCUGGUCAACACGGCCUAGGCAUUGAGUUUGCGACUCGCAUGGAGUCUGUGACUCGCACCCCCCAUACUUUGUACCAGCACCAUUCGCCGUAGCCCUUCCAUCAACGAUGUAUCCAGUGUGUAGA